AUGGCACCGACACAAUUGCAGAUCAAGGUUAACGCUUUGAAGAGACUCAUAAAAGAAAAAAAGUUUUACGAUCAAGAAGUUGGUGAACAUGAGCAAUAUGUCAACAAAUUAAAAUCAAAUGGAGCAGAUGAAUAUGAAUUAAAAAAACAAAUACAAGUUUUAGAAGAAUCCAAAAGAAUGAUUCCAGAAAUCAAUAAGAAGAUACAUGAGCAUAGAAAAGCUUUGGAAAAAUUCUUGACAAGCUACAAGGGUGAGGAAGAUCUCAAGGAGGCUAAUGAACUAAUAGCCUAA